CUCCCCAAGCUAAUUUGUUGUGAUGAUAUGAGCUUUGUGAAACAAAUAUGUAAUUAGUUAGGUUCAAACAUCUUUUACACGUGGUUGUUUUCAUGACAACUCAUUUGUGAUUUAUUUUCUCCAGUAAAGAGGGAGAAUUUUAAAAUGGUGAGAAAGUUGAGAAAUGAACCAAGUUUGCCUGUGUUAGCUGCUUUGGAUGAAGACCCGUUGGCGAAGGAGCCAAAAAAGCGUAUCAGGAAAAGACAAAAAACAAUUAAAAAAGAAUACAGAUGUCCUGAGUGUGAUUACAUCUGCUGGUAUUCGAAUUCUAUCAAGAUCCACAUGAGAAGACACACAGGAGAAAAGCCGUACAGUUGUUCACUAUGCGAUUACAAGUGCUCAAGCUCCGGAAACCUGAAAGCCCACCAGUCGACGCAUACCGGAGAAAAACCGUACAUUUGCACCUACUGUGGAUUCGUCUCGAGGAAAUCCGUACAUUUGAAGACUCACAUGAUGUUGCACACGGGGGAAAAGCCAUUCGAAUGUAUAGAAUGUGAAUACGCCUGUACGACAUCGAGCCAUUUAAAAAGGCACAUAAUGAUACACUACGACACUAAAAGAUAUUCGUGUUCACUGUGCAAAUACAAGUGUAUAGAACCGUAUAAAUUAAGACGGCAUCUGCUAGUGCAUACCGAUGAAAAACCGCAUAUGUGUGCGACCUGCGGUUAUCGGUGCAGACAAAGUGAUCAAUUAAAAACACAUAUAAAAAAUUUACAUAUGGCUAAGGAGGACUUUUCAGCCUAAAUUAUAAAAAAGAACUUACAAUUUUAUUUUAUUAAUAUUUUGUACAAGUUAUACACUUUCUAUUUCAAAUUUUCACACUUUUAUACUGCACUAUGUUAUAUAAAAUAACUGUACAUUUUAAGUUUACAUUAUGUCUUUUUUUAUACAUAAUGUGUAGUAUUGUACAUAAUGUUCAAACUAAGUACUUUAUGUUAACUGUUUAUUGAUUAAUUGUUUAAGUAAAUACUGAUAUAAAACACAACACACAAAUUGGCUUAUGCAUGUCAAUCUAUUUUUUUAAAUUAUUACUUUAAUGUUAUUUUAAUUUUCUUAAAUAUAGAUGUGGCCUUUUAAUACCCGAUGAAAAAUUUUAUUUUUUUAUUUUUCCGAGUUACUGAUGAUUACAUCUUAUUUGGGUAGCUUGAGAAAUAAAUUAACAAGGCAUUUGUAUUAUUAUUUAUAUUCAUCUUUUUUUAAUCUGUACUAAGGCUGUUACGCUAAAUUAAGUAAUAAUAUUGUUAAUGUGUGUUAUCGUUGAUUGAAGAGUAAAUAUUAUAUUUUUAUAAUACACAUUUUUUUAAA